AUGACUAAAGAGACGGGUGGAAUGUUUGAGGAAUAUAUUGGUUAUGAUCACAUCUCUGCAAUCAGAGAUCAGAGUAAAUUUACAGUGACAUCCAUAGUAAAUGGUACUAAAAACAUACAAAGAGUGGGUGAUCUUCCUCUUUACAACGUUGAAAAGAUCACUGUUUACUUUUCUGUUUGUGAUCCGACUACACCUGUUAUGAUAUACAUUGAGCGUGACAACCAAACUACAUGGCUUGAGAAUCAAGACAAACAAGGGAACUGGACUGAUGUUAGCGAUAAAAUCCCAGAAAUCAAAGCAGAUAAUGGAGAUACUAUAAAAGAAGCCAUUGAGGAUAUUCUAGAGGGUGUCAAAAGUGAUCUAGGAUUAUGCCAAAAAAAUCCUGGACCUAGUGGUAUAGUAGAACAUACUGGUGCCAAUGCUUCUGGAGAUAAUGAUCAAUGUAGUUAUGGUGAAUAUGGGCACUCAGGUGAAAACUCUGACGAGGAGUAUAUAGUGAUGGCAACCCUAGUGGUAUUCCAUCUCCACUUCAACAACUUGCUCUACGUGUGUAAUGUAACGAUCAUCCACCUUGUAUAA